AUGGCCUUACCCCGUGCACACCAAGCUUCAUUUACGCCAAGUGAGAUUGAGUUCAUCGCCGGCAAUGAAAAGAUUCAUAUCAUUCCCAAAGCCAAGUUUGCAAAAAUGAACUUCAUUCAAGGCAAAAUAGGUCCCUUCCAGCCGCCAUUGUCUAUUGAGGUGCCUACAUGGCUUGCCCUGCUAAUGAAAAAGAACGACAAAUGCUCCAUCGUGUGCCCUGACUGGCUUAAUAUAGACUACUUGAAAAUGCGACAAGAAGAGGAGGAAAAGGACGAGGAAUUCAGCAAACUGCCUUUCCAUUACAUGGAGAUUUCACAGAUGCUUUUGGAAACUGCUUCCGACGACAUUCCCAAUGCAGAGCAGAUCAGGAAACUGCUCAAGGAUCUUCGAGAAACCAGGCAAGCAAAAUCCAGAACUGGUUUGGCUGUAUUGGACGAUAAAUGGCUCGGUAUGAACAACCUGUCUUUAAUGGAGAUCAAUGAGAUUCGACCCUUUUUCACUCGCGCCUUCAAUGAGAUGGGCAAGUUGAACUUUACCGAUAGAAGCAACCCUCAAGACGCUAACCAGACAUUCUAA